CCCAUACGCUGGUCGUUCGAGGGCCCAAGCGGCGAAUAAAUUUCUCAUUUAUUUCAUCCCGUAACUCAACCUGCCAAGUGGGGUGUGCUGGAGCUGCUGGCUCGCAGGAUCUGUUCGAGAGCUCCGGGAGCGCUGUGCGAAUGGUUAACCCUAGAUCUUCGUCUUCGUAUCGUCUUCGUCGAUCUCGUUUCGUGGUUCCUCCGACAAUUUAUCGCCUCGCGUUGAUCCUCCUCGCCUUCUCCGUCUUCCUCUUCCUCGUAUCUCAGAGGCAGAUUCCCGUGUUCGAUCGGGGUCCAUCGCUGCCUCAGAAGUCGUCGGAAUUAGAAGAGCGACUAUGGGAUUCUGCUUCUGGUUAUGGAUACCGUCCUUGUGUCAAGCCAACCCAUAAAUAUGCAGCUCCCCAGAAUCAGAAGCACUACUUAACUGUCAGAAGUAAUGGAGGACUUAACCAAAUGCGCACUGGUAUCUGUGAUAUGGUUGCUGUUGCUCGCUUGAUGAAUGCCACACUAAUAAUUCCACAGUUGGAUAAACGUUCUUUUUGGCAAGACACUAGCACCUUUUCUGAUAUUUUUGAUGAGUCUCACUUUAUUAAAGCUCUAGAGAAUGAUGUACACAUUGUGAGUGAGUUACCAAAGGAGAUGGAGUCAGCUCCAAGGGUUCGUAAGCACUUUACUUCUUGGUCCAGUGCAAGUUAUUAUGAGGGAAUGUCACAAAUGUGGAAGGAUUAUGAGGUCAUUCAUGUCCCCAAAUCUGAUUCCAGGCUGGCAAACAAUGACCUUCCUGUUGAUAUUCAAAGGUUGCGUUGUCGUGCUAUGUAUUAUGCCCUCCGUUUCUCAAAUCCCAUAGAAAGCCUUGGAAAGAAGCUAGUGGAACGGCUGAAGUCACAUGGCCCAUAUAUCGCUCUUCAUCUGCGUUAUGAGAAGGAUAUGCUGGCUUUUACUGGUUGUACCUAUGGUCUUACUGAUAUUGAAGCUGGAGAACUCAAAAUUUUGAGGGAGAAUACAAAUCACUGGAAGAUGAAGGGUAUAAAUUCAACUGAACAAAGACUAGGUGGUUUCUGCCCUCUGACUCCCAAGGAGGUCGGUGUCUUUCUGCAUUCUAUGGGAUAUCCGUCAUCCACAUGGAUUUACAUUGCGGCUGGUGACAUCUAUGGUGGUGAAACUUACCUUUCCGAUUUAAGGUCUCAGUUUCCGAACUUAGUUUCCAAGGAGAGUUUGGCAACUGUUGAAGAAUUAAAGGAAUUUGCAAAGCAUGCUACUCAAACUGCAGCUAUUGACUACAUUGUCUCAAUUGAAAGUGAUGUAUUUAUACCUUCAUAUACUGGAAAUAUGGCAAGAGCUGUUGAGGGUCAUAGGAGAUUUUUAGGACACCGCAAGACAAUUAAUCCAGAUAGGAAAGGAUUGGUAAAACUCUUUGAUAUGUUGGAAAAAGGAGAGCUGAAAGAAGAUACAAAAUUUUCUUCACUAGUAAUUGAUAUGCACAAACACAGACAGGGAGCGCCAAGAAAGAGGUAUGGAUCUCUGCCUGGAAGUAAAGGCCGGGAUCGGUUUAGAACUGAAGAAUCAUUUUAUGAAAACCCAUUUCCUGAGUGCAUUUGCCCAACAGAUCACCAUUGACUCUCUUCUUUGGUAAAUAUCUAAUAAAUAGUGUGUUUUUGGCAAUUACUAGAUAAACUGAAAGCAACUUUUCACUCAUCAAUAUGCUGAAUUACAUAUAGGUAAUUGAAUUAAUUCUAAGACAUUUCUUUUUUCAAAUUUAGUCACUGAUAUUUCAGAUGAUGUUAUCUGUUGGCAUUGUUCGUAACUUUGUUGGUCUUGCUCCCCCGUGAUUAUCCGUCGUGGAUUGUUUUUCAGGUCUUUGUUUUAGUUGUUUACACUUCGUAGGGACAGAGGUAAAAACUAAUAGAUUCAUUUCUCUGAGUCUUUUUUUUUUAA